UCAGUAACUGAUCCCGCCUUGAAGCCUUGGGUGUCAGUCGGUGCGGACGGCACCCUUGUUGCGACUAUCACUCCUGCCCUUACAUCGAUCAAUGGUGCCGCCACGACGAUCAAUGCAGCACCUGCAUCUCUGACAGAGACAACAACCACAAGCCAAAGUGAUUCGAAGCCUACAGAUGCUUCGAAUUCAGGUGGCGGAGCUUAUUACCCUUGUACCAGUCUCGUAGAAGGCUACAUCUGUUCGCCGGCGAAUGAAUCUACUGUAUAUGUCGGGACAACAUAUUAUGUGACCUGGAAUUCUGAUUUUAUUGGUCACCAAGAUAAGAAGAAUGCUUCCGUAUACGUGAUGGCAGACUAUGUCAAUACUACAGGUGGUCCAAUUGCUUUUCAAUCUCCACCCACGUCCGUCAGUACUGGCUUUUAUGCUUUGACGAUACAGAAAGAAUGGCUCCAAGACCGGUCGUCCAACAAUAUUACUCUGCACAUCAACCUACUUGAUCCAGAACCCGACGGCCAGCGUGUCCAAGGUCCAACUCUGGUGGUGACGAAUGCGCCAGGUCAAUACUAUCGACAACCGUCUACCGAAUCACCAACAGGACAAUCGCUCUAUAUUGCUCUUCCUAUCGCUUUCGGUUUCGUCCUCCUCUGUGUCUGCGGCGGAUACUUUCUUAACAAGAAACACCGUCAGAUCGGGAUUGGAAAUGUGAUGGGUCGUCGAAGUGGUUACGGUGUUGGCAAGUCUCGAGGCCAACGUUUGGGACUUGGCAAGCGAGAAAAGGGUGGCGUUCAAUUACGGGACCAAGUGCCAGGUUCUGAUGGUCGAUACCACGACGCAUCUAUAGGAGAAGAGCAACGCGGCCGACAAGGGGGGAGCGUUCACACAAGAGCAGAUUCGGAUCUGGGAAGCUUGGUGGGAUCACCUACUCCGCCGAGAACGAAUUAUUUCAGGGACGAGAUGAGGCGACAGGAGCGACAGGGAUACUGA